UUCACCUUGAAUCUUAAGCUGGCCAAGAGGGACCUAAAUUGAAUUUCACUGGUUGCUCCUCCUAAGAAUCAGACCUGACCGGAAACCCCUUCCUUCAGCUUUGGGAGGCAAGUUGCAGGGCAUCUGGAGACCAGGGUUUCUCUGGCCAGUGUUGCUCCCACCAGUCUACAGCAUGGGGAAUAUCUUUGCAAACCUCUUCAAGGGCCUUUUUGGCAAAAAAGAAAUGCGCAUUCUCAUGGUGGGCCUAGAUGCUGCGGGAAAGACCACCAUCCUGUACAAACUGAAGCUGGGUGAAAUCGUGACCACCAUUCCCACUAUAGGCUUCAACGUGGAAACCGUGGAAUACAAGAACAUCAGCUUCACUGUGUGGGACGUGGGUGGCCAGGACAAGAUCCGGCCUCUGUGGCGCCACUACUUCCAGAACACACAAGGUCUCAUCUUCGUGGUUGACAGCAAUGACAGAGAGCGUGUGAAUGAGGCCCGAGAGGAGCUUAUGAGGAUGCUGGCAGAAGAUGAGCUCAGGGACGCUGUUCUGCUCGUGUUUGCUAACAAACAGGACCUCCCCAAUGCCAUGAAUGCAGCUGAGAUCACGGACAAGCUGGGUCUGCACUCUCUGCGCCACAGGAACUGGUACAUUCAGGCUACCUGUGCCACCAGCGGGGAUGGGCUCUAUGAGGGACUGGACUGGCUGUCCAAUCAGCUCCGGAACCAGAAGUGAGCUGUACUCCUCUCUCCUCCCUUCACACUCCCUCCUUCUGCCCUCGCUUUACUCUCAUGUGGCAAACGUGCCCCUGUGGUGUGAGUGCCAGAAGCUGUCUCCAUGGUCGGUCACAGUGUGCUUCACCAUGCUGUAAAUGUGCAGACGCAGCCUGCAACUGGGUUUUUAUUUAAUGUAAAUAGUUUUUGUUUCCAAUGAGGCAGUUUCUGGUACUCCUAUGCAAUAUUACUCAGCUUUUUUUAUUGUAAAAAGAAAAUCAACCCACUGUUUAGUACUGAGAAGGGAUUUUAGGCACACGGGUCAUCCAGGAGUCGCUGUGUCAGAAAAGCCCGAUGUUCCUCUUCUGGGCUUUACGUCUGUGUUGAGAUCCAUUUUGGUGGUUGGUUUUUAACCCAAACUCAGUGCAUUUUUUAAAAUAGUUACAAAUACAAGAUAAGGAGAACACUUGAACACACAGAAGGGAGAAAUGUGCCUAGUGUAGGUUCUGCAGUAAUGGCCUGAGUCCAGUCCACCAGUGGUCUGUUUCCCGUUGGGAACGUGAAACGGGGCAGAACCAGCUAUGAUCCAUUCUGCAUGGUCACAAUAGGAUCCCUGUGAUUUGCUCUGUCUUGGGUCAUCCCACACCCCAUAGCGUUUGUGCUUGUAUCUGUGCUUACAUGGCUGCCCAGGAGAUGGGCUGGAGGCUGCAGCCACCACUCUCAGACCCCUUGGAGGAACCCCAGCCUUUUCUUGGGUCAGCAUGGGCACUUUGGUUGGAACGCUCUGGUUUGAGCGGGAGCCCUGCAGUCCCCUUGCUUGCCUGCUCCGGGCUCUCUGGGGUCUCACCAGCAGGAGCGUGGGUGGUCAUCCUUGAGCCCCAGCCCCUCGGAGCCCCUGUCUAUGUGUGCUUUCACUCCCUCAGCCUGCAAGGGUCAGAUUUGCCAUCGAAAAAUGAUAACCUCUACUUUUUUCUUUUGUAUUUUGAUAAACACUGAAGAAGCUGGAGCUGUUAAACUUUAUCUUGGGGAAAACCUCAGAACUGGUUUAUUUGGUGUCGUGGAACCUCUUAAUGCUUUCAAUACACAAUUAGUAAUCAACUGUUUUGUAUACUUGUUUUCAGUUUUCAUUUCGACAAACAGGCACUGUAAUUACAGCUAUUAGAAUAAAAUCUCUUAACUAUU